UAUUAAACAAGCAAAUAACAAUAAAACGCAUAAGUAAAAGUUGUAAAAAUAAUAAAUACUAAACAAAUCAAUGACAAAAAUAAGAAAAUCUAAAGAAAUAGUUUAAGCAAAAAAAUUUCUAAUUUGAUUGCAAUAGAUUGACUGGUGAAAUUUUUUUUGUCUACUCACAAUGGAGGCAGUUCCACGACUUCAUAUGUUGUCUUUUCCCAACAAAUCCAGUCCAGAGGGAACCUCAUUUGCUGGUUUAAAGAAAUAUAUUGCCGAAUUUUAUCAAGAGAAUCCGGACAAUUAUUCCAAAGAACUUUAUGCUUUAGAAACUUUACGCAAUCAAGCUUUAAAUACCCCUAAGGAUAAUUGUGCUAUACUAAAGCGAUAUUUUUGCCAAUUGGAAUCGUUGCUUAAUCGUUUCCCCAAGUUAAGAGACAAGAAGGUUAUUUUUCAAUUUACCUGGAAGGAUCUAUACAACUCCAAGGUUCAAGAAUACAAUGACAUCGGCUAUGAACAAGCCGCCGUAUUAUACAAUGUAGCAGCAGCACAUACACAAGCCGGUGCGGCUGUCAAUCGUACCGAUAUAGAAGGCAUGAAAUUGGCUUGCACCCAUUUCCAAUGUGCUGCCUGGGCUUUUGGCGAGAUACGUGAACGUUAUAUUAAUAUGGAUGAAUUUGGUGAUUGUUUCACCACUGAAUUGUUGGUGUUUAUGCAACAGGUUUCCUUUGCCCAGGCUCAGGAAUGUAUACUGGAGAAAUCUUUAAUAGAUAAUCGUAAACCAAAUAUUGUGGCUAAAGUUACCGCACAAAUAGUGGUGUAUUAUGGAGCGGCCUUGGCUGCUUUACUUACUGGUGGCGACGAUGGCCCUGUGGCUCAUGUAGUCGAUUCGGCCGUUUAUAAACAAUGGAAGAAAUAUGUACGUUUUAAGAUUUCCUAUUUGAGUUGCAUUUUAUAUUUAUAUCAAGGACAACACGCUGAGGAGCAAAGGAAAAUGGGAGAGAGGGUUACUUUGUAUGAGGCCGCUUGGGAAAAACUCGAAGAAGCACGUAAAGAAUCCAAAGGUCUACCCGAUAUAAAAGAAAUCAAUGAAUCUCUCAUAUUCACCGCUGAUGUCGUGGAGGCAAAACGUAAAAAUGCUAAAAAUGAAAAUGAAUUCAUUUAUCAUGAAUCCGUACCCGAAUUGGCAACCAUAAGUGCUGUACAAGGAGCUAAUCUAGUAAAUGGCAUAGGAUUUUCUGCCACUGAUCCUGAGAUAGCAGGAGAAGAUAUAUUUGCCCGACUAGUGCCAAUGAAGGCGCAUGAGGCUAGCUCUAUGUAUAGCGAGGAAAAAGCUAAACUAUUGCGUAAAUAUGGCAAUAAAAUUGAGGAAAAAGAUGGUGAAUUAGCUAGUUUUAUGAGUUCACUAACAUUGGAUAAUCUAAAUAUCAAUGAGGAAAAGGCUAAUAAAAUACCCCAAGGUAUAGUGGAUCGUUGUGCAGCCUUAAAUGCAAAUAAAACCGCCAUACCAGAACUGGUACAAUCCAUGUCACGUUUGGCAGAGAUAUGUGGUGAUGUAGAGGCCAAUCUUAAGGAAAUCUCUAUGAUUUUACAGCAAGAAGAAAAGGAGGAAAAAGAGUUUCAGCAAUUGACCGGUGUGCAAAGAACACCCAAUGCCCAUAUAACCGAAUUAACAAGGGAAUUUCAAAAAUACUCCGAGGCUCAUAAUAGAGCAGGCGAAUCUAAUGAUACUCUACGUAAAGCCAUGGAAUUGCAUAUUAAUAAUUUGAAAAUCUUAGCCAAACCUUUGCAAGACAUACAACAGUCUGUGCCCAAAUUGAGUUCUGAACUCAAUACCGCUGAAGUUUUUAAAGAUGUUAAACUUAUCGUUAAUAAAGUUAAUGAAAUGAAGGCACAACGUUCUCAAUUUCAUGCUGAUUUACGUAUAGCCGUUAAUGAUGAUGAUAUUACCACUAAAAUUAUAGCCCACGAUUGUGAGGAAGAUUUGCAGGCUUUAUUCGAUCGAGAAAUGGCCAAACAUGAACGUUUGACACAACUUAUAGAUCAAAAUCUAUUGGCUCAAGAGAAUAUUUUAAAAGCUUUAACAGAAUCUUAUGCUAAGGCAGCACCUGUUUUGAAAACCUUGGCAGAUGUUAAAAACAAACGUGAGGGGUUCUUUGCCUCUUUAGCAGCCUCCUAUGAUGUGUAUGAAGAUUUGUUGGCCAAAUCAGCCAAAGGUUUGGAGUUCUAUAAUAAAUUAUCAGGCAAUGUACAAAAACUUUUAUCACGCUGCAAAUCUGCAAGAGAUGUUCAAUCCGAAGAACGUCAGCAACGUUUGAAAAGUGUUACACACAAACCAUAUGCUUCUCCUAUACCCCAAGCAUCAUUAUCUACUGAUUCCUAUCAGCUUAAUAAUACCACACCCUUAUCCAAUCCAUCCACAGCAGCCACCACCACCACCUCCACUACACCAAAAUUACGUGAUUACUUGAAUGCCAAAAAGGCAGCUAAAGAGAAAAAUCUUAACACAAUGCCGGCAAAUGCAAAUACGCCAAACUAUAAUGCAGCAAAUCCUCAACAAUACAUACCACCUGUAAGACCCAAUCCUUUGGGCUCUGAGAAUCCUACACAGGCGGUUUGCUCGGGUGGUAGUUCUUAUUAUCCUCCAACAAGUGGCACUUUACCACCAACGGUGGGACCCAAUGAACCACCACCACCUUAUACACAAUAUUAUGAUACCACUGGAGCAGGCUAUACCAAUCCCAUGUUUUUGCAGUAUCAACAGAAUAUAGCGCCACCGGCUUAUAAGCCUCAAGCCUCUCCAAACUCACAAUUCACAGCUUUAAAUGCCAACAUGGCCAAUAUGAAUCUGCAACAGCAGCCACAGCAAAAUUCUAACAAUACUACAAAUCCCCUAACAGGAGUAACCAAUACCGGGAAUUACCCUCAAAUGUCUUACAAUUCGUUGUCUAAUAAUCCUCAAAAUCCUUUAGUUUAUCAAGGCAACAAUCAGAAUUAUCUAGCAAAUCAAACGACAUACCCGAACAACCAGCAAACGUACCUUAAUCAAAAUCCUCUCAACAACAACAAUACUACAUCUUCGCCAUAUUCAACUACUAAUCCUUCAACAUCCAAUAUCACCAAUAAUUCUCUGUACGCUACACAGUCAACGGUUUCAAAUACUUCACAAAUGUAUACACCAUCACCACCGGUUGUUACAACAGCUGCUGCCACCACCUAUACACCGCAGCCCUAUUUCUAUGGUACCAAUACACCAGCAAGCAAUAAUUUAAAUCCAACUUAUCAGCAGAGUUCUCAACAGAAUAACUAUCAAACUCCUCCCACAAGUGUACCUACAAAUCAACCUUUAUAUGUGGCCACCAAUCAAACUGGUUUACCUUCUUCAACUACACUUUUGCAAUCAACUGUUCAAAAUGUGGUACCUCCCAGCAUGCAGGCUCCCUUUGUUGUUAAUCAUCUACCAAAUACACAAACAGCAACAGCUACUGCUGGCCCCACAAACUUGCAACAGACUCCUCAGCUUCAAAAUCCUUUACAAGUGGUAGGCUCUAGUGCCACAAUGUAUCCGACUGCUGCUGUACCAGUCCAAUCUUCUUCAACUUCUACUGCUUUAACUUCUACUGCUUUAACUUCUAAUGCUGUUACAUCUUCUACUACAACUAAUACCGCUCCAUUUGGUUCAUUGUCAUCAUCACACACUACUAUGCAUCCUGGUUAUAGUUUUAAUCCUCAAACAGGCAAUUUUAACUAUAAUAGCGGUUAUCAGCAAACAAAUCCAGCUAAUCAACAGUUUUAUGGUCAAUAUACUACUGGAGCGGCAGCUGUCAAUACCCAAGUUGGUACUACGGAUUCACAGAGUGCUGGAAAAAUUAAUGUGGCCACUGGAUUCGAUUCUCCCAUCGUUUCUCACACCAAGCCCACACCAAUUGCCACACUAAAACCAGAAGCAAAACCAUCAACUAACCCAGCUGAUAACAUGAAUUAUUACAAUGCUCCCUAUGGUUAUCAAACUAAUGGUAACACCCCACCAAUAGCACCCAUACAAACUGGCCAAAUUGCUACAGGUACACCACGACCUGCCACGCCCCAACAAACAACUUACCAGCAGCAACAAACUAACAUUUAUAUGCAAAGUGGUACGGGAACUACAGCCAAUACAAAAACUACAAAAAGUGGUAAUAUUUAUGCUACCAGCAGUCAACAGUCUCCAAUGACUCCAGCAUUACAGCAACAACAGCAGCCACCAGCAGCAAAAGCUCCAGAUAUAAAACCGACAGCUCCUACAGCCCCCAAGCCAGUGAUUAAUACGAAGAAAUCUUCAAAUAUUGAUUUGUUAAGUGAUAUAGAUUUUUCGGGUGUAGCAGCAGUACCACCACCUAUAUUACCACAACCAGUGUUAAAACCUCAGGUGGUAAGUAGCCCCCCGGCCAGUCAGGUGGCAGCACCCACUACACCCAAGAAAAGCGAACAAAAAGAAGAAACUCAACAAAAAGAUGAAAAAACUAAACAAGUAGAGGACUACAUAAACUCUACAGUGGAUGACCAACUCUCACCUUUGACCGAAACUUUGCCGGUCGCACCUUUACAACAACUAACUUCUCCCGUGGAUUCGCCAGCAAUACGCAAAGCCAGUUUUGAUAAUUUAUCCAAUUGUUCUGACAUUUCCUCUUUAGAUAAUUUCGAUUGGGAUUCAGUUUCCAUGCGCAGUGAUAAGCCUGCGAAUAAUGAUCAAAAACAUUCCGGUUCUACAUUCCAACUUAAACCCUUAGAUCCCUUUAAUGAUGACAAAACACUCAAAUACUUCCACAAGGAGGUAGAGCGUUUUGAAAAAUUCAUUGAGUCGCUAAAUGUUAAAAUGCUUAAUGGUCAUACACCUUUAUCGACAAAAUGGAAAGAAUUACAAGAUCUUUUAGGCAAAGAAGCACCCACUAGAACCACUUCUAUAGCAAAAUUAUUUCCCGAGAAAAAUAGAUCUUUAGAUUGUUUGCCCUAUGAUCAUGCCCGAGUUAAAUUGGAUAAAGAAACGGACGAUUAUAUAAAUGCAGCAUUUGUUAAGAAUCUAAGUACUGGUUGUCCAAAUUUCAUAAUAGCCCAGACGCCACAACAGAAUACGAUUAACGAUUUUUGGUCUAUGAUUUGGUCACAAAAAGCACGAACUAUACUCUCGCUACAUACACCAAAUGAGAUGCUUGAUCCCUUUUGGCCUCAGUCGUUGGACAAAGAAUCCAAUUUUGAUGAUUUCACGGUUAAAUGUAUUAAAAUAAUACAACUAUCGCAUUGCGUAGAAUAUCAAUUGAAGCUUUCCAUGUUGGGUGCUGAUGCCAUUAUCGAAUUAUCAGUAUUGCAAAUAAAAACAUGGACUAAAAGCACUCCUCCCUUAGUCGUGGGUAUAGCACGCAAUGCUUUACAGGCUCAUCAGCAACGUUGUCUCGAUUUUAAUACACCUUCUUCUCCUCUGGUUUUGAACUGCUUAACCGGUUCUGAAAGAUCGGAAAUAGUGGCCAUUGGCAUAAGUGCCAUUUUGGCUACACAAAAUAAACGACCAGUUUUAAUCAAUGUCAUAGAUGUUUGGUUACGCAUUUGUAGUCAACGUCAAAAGGCCUUGCGUGAUGUGGAAACUUUGGAGCAAUCUUUACAAAUUGUUCUAAAUCAUGCUCAUGAUGUUUUAAAUAAAAGAGGCAUAAUGACUUCGUAUCAAAUGAAAAUUGCUCCCCAAGUAACCGCCCAAGAGAAACAAGCCACUAAAGAUCCUCUCAAUGAAUUGGAUGCUUUAUGGAAAUUAAAAUGAUAAUACCAACUCCAUAAGCUAUAUAUAUAUAGAACGACAAAAUUAUGGAUCUUUUUUAUCUUAUAUAUACACAAAUAUUCCACUAUUUAUAUACUAUAGAGAGGACUGAAAGAAAAAAUUUGACUAAUUUUUAUUUUCUAAACAAAAUCCUUAAUAACAAAAACGCCUUUAAAAAAGGCUCUUUUCCUUCAUUUCUUUUUUGCUCUCAAA